CCCGACUUAGCUCGAAAUUCGAAUAUACCCUUAUUGGGCAGCCCAUUAUCGGAUCUAGUUCGUUAUAUCCAAACUUGACCCGACCCGACCACUGAUUUUACUCCGCCAAAAAAAGAAAAGGAUAUCAGCUGCGUCUGUAACAGUCGAAGCUCCUACCUCCACCGCACGGCCGCCGUCUUCCCGUCCAUCCCACUGACUCCCGAGCGGCGGCGAAGUUAUUUCAGUUAGAAGACAACUCCCUAACUUAUCCGGACGGGAUAUUCGUUGCUAUAGGCGAACACUAAUCUAGGAAUGCCAGGGGCAACGAUGGAAUCCGAGCUGCCCGUGGAGCCACAGUCGCUGAAGAAGCUGAGCUUCAAAUCCUUGAAGAGAGCUCUCGAUCUAUUCUCUCCUACCCACGGACAAUUGCCGCCGCCUGAUCCGGAAAGUAAGAAGAUUCGAGUAAGUCAUAAGCUAAAUGGUGAGUAUGGAUGUGUGAAAAACGUGGCAACCGAAAGUUCUGCUCGUAUGGCAGCUGCAAAAAGUCAAGCAAAGCAGACUUCUACCACCUCAAAUGUCUUAGCACUUCCAGGCCCUGAACAUUCAAAUAAUAUGCAGAAGGGAGGGUUGCAGAAGGAUUUGGUGAUUAGUUCAACCGGGCAGUCUAAGGGGCGCACCGACGAUGGGGUUCAAGGAAGGAGCACUUCAAUUGUUCCAGCCCCUGUUUCAUCUGGAAGGAAUCUGUCUACUUCUGCCAUUAUGGAGAGAAUUCCAAAUAGAUGGCCUCGUCCUGUAUGGCAUGCACCUUGGAAGAAUUAUAGAGUCAUUAGUGGCCAUUUGGGCUGGGUGCGGUCGGUUGCUGUUGACCCAAGUAAUAAUUGGUUUUGCACAGGAUCUGCUGAUCGAACAAUAAAGAUAUGGGACUUAGCAAGUGGCCGCCUGAAACUGACACUUACUGGUCACAUUGACCAAGUACGAGGCCUAGCUAUUAGCAGCAAGCACACAUACAUGUUUUCUGCCGGUGAUGACAAAUUAGUAAAAUGUUGGGACCUAGAGCAGAAUAAGGUUAUUCGUUCUUAUCAUGGUCAUCUUAGUGGUGUGUAUUGCUUGGCUCUUCAUCCCACUAUUGACAUUUUGUUUACUGGAGGACGAGAUUCCGUAUGUCGGGUGUGGGAUAUUCGCAGCAAAAUGCAAAUUCAUGCGCUUUCUGGACACGAGAGUACAGUCUGUUCAGUCUUCACAAGGCCUACGGAUCCCCAAGUCAUAACAGGUUCUCAUGAUUCGACUAUAAAGUUAUGGGACCUUCGAUACGGGAAAACAAUGGUAACUCUCACACAUCAUAAGAAAUCUGUGCGGGCCAUGGCUCUUCAUCCUAAGGAGGACUGUUUUGUAUCUGCAUCUGCUGAGAAUAUUAAAAAGUUUAAACUUCCAAAGGGAGAAUUCAUGCACAAUAUGCUUUUGUGGUUCUGGGACUGGACGAGCGGUCACAAUUUCCAGCAAGCCCAGACAAUCGUACAGCCCGGGUCGUUGGAUAGUGAAUCCGGUAUUUACGCGAUUACGUAUGAUAUAACUGGUUCGAGGCUGAUUACUUGUGAGGCGGAUAAGACGAUCAAAAUGUGGAAAGAGGAUGAGAUGGCGACACCAGAGACUCAUCCCCUUCAUUUUAAGCCACCCAAAGACAUGCGGCGCUUUUAACCGUACUGCAAGAGUAUCACAUUUGUUAUAUCACAGUAAAAAUAAAUUUACUUGCUCAAGAGUUCUAAAUGUACUGACAAGUGUAAUUCAGUAUCGUUUUCUGCUACUUCCAUAUGAGACUGGUAGUCUGUGUUAUAUUUGUUUUUACUUCUACGGACGAGAGUGAAAACUGGAGAAUGUGAUUUUUGUUACAAUUUUCUUUUACUGGUAAGUUUUACUGUUGGAAUAUGCUGGUGUUAUUGGCAACUGUAUAAU